ACCAUGCUGAAGACCCGGCAGUGUUUACUCGGCAUCCGCACUUUUCUCAGCGGCACGUGGAGAACAUGGGACUUCAUCAUGUACAUCCUCAGGAAGCACCUACGGACGAUAAUCCAGUAUCAGACGGUGCGAUACGACACUUUGCCUCUGUUGCCAAUCUCCAGACUCAAUGCAGUAAAGAGGGUGAUUCUGGUUCUGGACCUGGACGAAACGCUGAUCCACUCUCACCACGACGGGGUCCUCAGACCCACAGAGAGACCUGGCACGCCGCCAGACUUUAUAUUUAAAGUCGUCAUUGAUGAGCACCCAGUCAGAUUCUUUGUACAUAAAAGGCCACAUGUUGACUUCUUUUUAGAAGUGGUGAGCCAGUGGUAUGAGCUGGUGGUUUUCACAGCCAGUAUGGAGAUCUAUGGCUCAGCAGUGGCAGUCAAACUGAACAACAACAGGAGCUUCCUGAAACGCAGAUACUACAGACAGCAUUGUACAUUGGAUCUAGGUAGUUAUAUUAAAGACCUGUCUGUAGUACACAACGAUCUGUCCAGUAUUGUCAUCCUGGACAACUCGCCUGCUGCUUAUCGUAGCCAUCCAGACAAUGCAAUACCCGUCAAGUCCUGGUUCAGCGACCCUAGUGACAGAGCACUUCUUAACUUGCUGCCUAUGCUGGAUGCACUAAGGUUCACUGCUGAUGUGCGCUCCAUCCUUAGUCGAAACCUCCACCAGCACCGACUCUGGUAA